GAUCAACUCGCUAUGAAAUGCAAACUAAAAGUAAAGACACCUCCGGGCACUGAGAUCGGAUUAAACUGUAUGACCUGGAACAUUUACCGUGGCAGCUGCAAAAAGGAAUCCUUGUUUAUCAAAUACAAAUCAAAUACAGGACGAAGGGAAAAGCUGCUGUACUGCGAAAACGUCAGCCCCGUGAACAGACUCUACCGGACGAACAAACUCUUAAUGACGUAUAAAAGACAAAGACUCGAUGUCACUGAGUUUUCUGGAGGCUUUGUCUGUGAAGUUUACACAGUUGGAGGAUCAGCUAGGCCCUAUUGCGACGGCUGCGGCUUCAUGUCCAUCAAGGUUGACAGCAACAGGAUGUGA